UGGGGGUGAGGAGGAAGAUGCGAUGGAGGAGGGAUGGCAAAAAUAAUGAAGGGAGGGGGGAGCAAGAGAGAGAAAGAGAGAGAAGAGAGAGCGGCAACAACACAGUCACAUCUGGAAGUUAUUGAGAAGAGAAAGAGAGAGAACUGCAUUGUAAUAGAAAAGAGGGAGAAAGGAUAGGGAUGUAGGGAUGUAGGGAUAGAUGUAGGGAUAGACUUAUUAGAUGUAUCAACUGAGUUAAAGAUUUAAGGGAGGACAGUUUAUCUAAAGGUUGACAAGAAUUCUACAGUGGACAGAGAGAAAGGAAUUGAGGAAAAGAAAGAGCGAGCGCCAGAAACUGGAAUUCUAUCCUAAGAACAAUCCAUACCGAGAGGGGAGGACGACAAAGAGGGGAAACUCAAAUGUAGCUUUUUAAUCUGGAGGACCGUUUAAAACAGAACAAAGGGGACUGAAUCCAAACAUAUGUCAUUGAGUUGAAAUAAAAUCAACUCAACAAAGAAGAAGAGCCAAGAGAACAAAAGAGGAUUCCCUAGCCUGGAAUUUUUCUACUUAUUUGUUUGUAUAUCAAGCCUGUGGAGCCAACCGUCAGACAGGAUGUCAGCCUCUCGGAGGUGCCUGUGCUGCGUGAAAUACCUCAUGUUCGUCUUCAACCUCAUCUUCUGGCUGGGAGGGUGUGGCCUGUUUGGAGUGGGAGUGUGGCUAUCAUUCACCCAGUCCGAGUUCUCCUCCCUCCCGCUGUCUUUUCCCUCACUCUCCGCAGCAAACCUACUUCUGGUCGCUGGAGGCGUCACCAUGGUGACAGGCUUCCUGGGUUGCCUUGGUGCCCUGAAGGAGCAGCGCUGCCUGCUGAUGACGUUCUUUGUAAUCCUUUUGCUCCUGGUCUUGACAGAGGUGACUCUAACCCUGGUCCUCCAUAUCUUUCACAAAGAGCUGGACACGAAAGCGCAGAAUGAGUUAAAGGAGGGGAUGAAGGGUUACUUGACAGACGAAGGACUGAAGAAGUCAUGGGACAAUGUGCAGAAAAUGUUCAAGUGCUGCGGCGUCACCAACAAAACAGAUUGGUACCUCGUGGUCAAUGGAACGCUCCCCUUUUCCUGCUGCUCCGGUGGGAUGGACCAAUGUGUUGAAGAAUGGAUCGAGCCAUGUUAUCAGAAGGCCAGACAGUGGCUCCUGGACAACAUCCCCUCUGUCCUGGUGUUUGGAGUCUGCAUUGGUAUUGUCCAGAUCCUGGCCCUGAUUUUCUCCCUGCUGAUGUACUGCCAGAUCCUCCGUGCUGAGAAGUACCUGGACUGAUCUGGGACUGGUCCGUGAAGGACAAGAGGCUGAAUGAGAGACUCCCUAGCUGGCACAGAGUUCAUGUAACGUUCCCUUAAGGUUUUCCUUCGGUUAUUUGAAAAAUAACUUCCCCACAACGAUGUGGGAACUAAAAAGUGUUAGCUGGGUCCUGAAUGUGAGAUAACAGCUGCUUGGAAUGGUUUUUCAGAACAUUAAAUCCAGAUCAUCCGUGUGUUCAAUUCUGUUAAGUUUGAAGUAAAUGUAUUUUAAAUGAGCACACACAUUUGAAGGGUUGUUUUCAUCUGGAUUGAUUGUUCUUAGAACACUGCAUUAAAAACCAUGGGGCACAUUCCAGGUCAUCUUCAUUGCAGUCAUGUUGCUCAGAUCAACGCCUGGAGAAGUGUAAUGAAAUUGUCUUUUAGAGAUCUGAUCUGCACAACACGACAGCAAUACAGCCAUGUAGUUAUCCUGUAUAAGGAAUAAGAUUAUUAGUAACUAUUGGGGACUACAUGCUGCUUGUUACUUUUACUAUUAGGCGAUACAAAUUAUAUUGUUUAGUUGUGGAAAUGUAAAGUGCUUGCUCUGAUGCCCAUGGACAAGCAGUGGGAUUUGCCCCAAAGAAACAGUUACAGUAUUCUGUUCAACUGCAGCAUCUUUUAACCAGAAGUCGAAACUAUAUGUUUAAAAGUGAGCCUUAUCAAAAGCAAAUAAAAAUGUAAAUCCAUUGUAAUUUGUA